GGACAUGAAGGCAUCCUCCGGGGAGCCCCGCCUCUCUCUGUCCCAGGUAAGAACACCCCGAGGGUUUGUUCACCUGUCCGGAGUUGCGCAUAGUGUAAGGACGUGAACACAGACCCGACUGGGUGUGAGAGUUCCUGAGCUCCAGGACGGAUACCAGCCGCCACAGCCAUGGCGGAGUCCCAGCUCAUGUACAUGGAGGACGGCCACAUCGGUGCCCAGGUCCCGGAGACCAAACCGGAGUUUUACUACAGUGAAGAGCAGCGCGUCGCCAUCGAGGAGCUCAUCAAGAAUGGUGACGGUGCCUUCAAAUCACGCCUCAAGGAAGACAAUAUGAAGGACUUUCUGUCAGCCAGAGAGGUGAAGCUGCUGUUUAGCACUUUCAAGCAGUACGACUCUGGUACUGACAGCAGCAGCAAAGCCGGGACCCGGGAGCAGGGGCCCACCGGCAACGACGCGGAUUCGGGGGUUCAUUCCACUUACUGGCCCCAGAUGCCGGACACAGAGGUGCCACCGCUGGAUAUCGGCUGGUCCAGCGGGGCUAUGUUCAAAGGGGUGACGCGGGUGACCGUGCACACGCACCUGCCUAAAAACAAUGGACCUCAUAUCAAGGAGGUGGUGCGGUGGCUCAUCCAGGAGGCAAGCAAGAUGAUAGCGAUAGUGAUGGACCUGCUCACCGACCUCCAGAUUCUGCAAGAUCUUAUGGAUGCAGCCUGGCGUCGCUCCGUGCCCGUUUACCUCUUGUUGGAUGGCCAUGGAAUGCCACACUUCCUGGAUAUGUGCUCCAGGCUGCAGAUAGGCUCCCAACACCUUCGGUACAUCAGAGCCAGAACACUGCAAGGAGUUGGAUUUGGCUUGUCCUUUGGCAGACUCCCUGGUUCCCUCUGUAAUAAGUACAUGCUGAUAGACGGGGAAAAAGUCGUGUUUGGCUCCUACAGUUUCUCCUGGUGUACAUCUCGUAUGGAUCGAAACAUGAUCACUGUGAUGACGGGACAGGUGGUUGACUCCUUUGACCAGGACUUCCGUGAGCUUUAUGCCACCUCAGAGAAGCUGGACCUCUACAAGGAGUUCCACGUCAGCCCGCCUGCUGCCAGUGCGACCGCCACAAUACGUUCCAAAGUGGGGACUAAACGGCCGCCAACGCCAGGAGCCACAUCUCGCUUCCAGGUUACCUUAGGGGAUUCACGAAAACCCAACAUCCAGGUCCCUGCACACAAAUACAACAACCCCAAAUACUUAUUAGCAAUGGGGGAUAUCCCACGUCCAACAGGGUCUCUGCAGGAGACAGGAAUUAAGAGGGAGUCAGUUAAGGCUAAGGUUCUUGAGGAGAUGUACCCAAGGCCCCAAGUCACUAGCAGUGAAAAAAUGGGCCAGCUGAGUCCAGUACAUUCAGAAGACCCUAGAGAAGGCUUCCAGAAACCCAGUGGAUUCAUGCAGAACAAGAAGAGUCGGCUGAAGUCACUGAAGUCAGUCUUCAAGAAGAAGUCAUCCAGUAAGAUUUCAGUUGACAGCAUGGCAAACAGUGCAAGCCCUUCACCCACGGAAACCAGUCGGACUGAUGAGACCGAAGACAACUUUGAAGUGAUUGUGUUAUCUCCACCCAAGUCGAAGGGUAGAAAGCCGAAUCUGCGCCAAAGGACAGAAUCUGAGCAAACUGUCAGCACUGCACAGGGCAAUGAGAGUGGUUCUAAGAAACAACAUCAAGAAAAAGGAGCAUGUAAGGUGUCCUGAUGAGAAUCUGCCGUCACUGACCACACAAUGCAGUCGCGUAGUGUAAUAAUGGACAACAGAAUGAGUUCCAAAACACCGUCACCCUUUGAUUGCGCAGUACUGAGAGCAUUUUUUACAGUUUUUUAUAAAAUGAAUGUCAUCUAGAGACGCUAUUUUUAUGUUUGGUGCCAAAUUUAAAAUAAAUAAUCCAAGUAUUUUGGGAUUUCUGCUACCAUAGUGGGGUGCACAAAGGUUUACUGAGAUAUUUCCGAGUUGAGCCCUGUUUGAGCUACAGGAAUGCUGGGGCAACUGCUGAGUGUGUAGUUGUAUAGUGCUUAAAAUUCUGAAGACCUAUUUCACGUCUUCUUCAUCUGCUAAGAAAAUAUAAAGAACAGUUACAAAUUAAAAACAGCCCUUCCAAUACUCAGAUGGCAGACAUACAGCCAGACUGAAUUUUGCCUGAACAAGAAUUAUUUGUAACCCGGAGCCACACCUGCCCUUGAAAGACCAGACCAGAACCCCUCUGAUCUGGUUCAACCUAAAACUAAACACUGUCAGAUUGGAUGAUUGUUACUUUUGCCUCUCCCUUCUAAUAAAACCCUAUGACAUUACAGAGAGAAAUUGUACUCAGUUGGCAGUUUAUUAGGUACACCAAGCUAAUAUUAAGCUACCUCUUUAUAUAAUGCAGUACAGUUCAACAGCAGUACAAACUACUGUGCAUUUUCCAAAAUGGCCAUACAGUUGAACCAACACCUCUCUAAAUCAUUGCAGGACUGUUGGAUUAGACUGCAUUAGUUGUAGCUUGGUGUAAUGUAUUUAAUAAACAGCCAACUGAGCGUGUAAUAAGUAAAAGUUAGUAAAUAUACACCUUGCGGGCUAUUACGUGUACCUGUGAAUGAUUGUUACCAUGAAUCCAUGUUGUCUGCCUGAUGCACUGAUAAGUUGUGCGAUGUUUUGUUCACUGUGUUUAUAAAACAGCUUCAGCUUAGGAAAGUCCUAAAUGUUUUAAGUACUUGUCUUGUUCAAUGAUUAUAGGCCUGGAAACUGCCUAUUCAAUGUUUGUGUACUUUUUAAAAAUACAGCAUAAAUAUACUCGACUGUUAAGUGAGGUCUUGGAUCUUAAAAUCCAUGGCUGUUGGGGCUAAGAGCUACAUUGUCCUCACUUUGAAAAAUCCUCACAACAGUAGAGGAAAUUUGAUGACAAAAAUACCCAGAACACAGUAACAAAGAAACUUACUACAUGCCGUAGAAAUAAAAUGAAAUGGGAGAAGAGAUCCAAAGUGCAUGUCUGUUCACAGAUAAAGCAUCACUUUGAUUGCAGCUCCACCUAGUGGUCACACUGUAGUACUCCAUUUAAGAUGGAAAACUGAUGAUUGUGCUGCAUAAACCAGCCACUAGCUGCCUCCCCUGUCCUCCACCUGCUUCUCUUUUCUGGGUGUAUGCUAGCAGCUCAGAACUCGAGAGGAACCACAGGCCUGGUGGGAAGUCAGAGUUGCGAUGAGCGUGGGGGUGGGUGACAUGUGAUGCAACACUGAAACAGGAAGUUAGAGCUGUAGCAGGAAGAGACAUUCUCACACUAAUUUAUAGACUAGUAUUACUGCCACACAACAAUUUCUUUGACACUUGCAUCUCACUAUCCCUAAACCUGCAACUGUGAAUUCUUCUGUUGACAAAUGGAGAAUGGAAGAAGGGAUUCGAGCUUGUCAGCAAGAGGUUACUAAUGUGUUGUAAAAGUACUUGAAUACCAACAAGCAGAAUGUCCUCCAACUAUGUCACAUAGAAACAGACAUAUUGUAUGACAGGCUGUGUGCAUCAGAUAUCUGAGCUGGGCUGGAUGUGCUUGCUGGUCACAGUCAUAAUGGAAAACUUUAAAGAAAAAGCAAUGGCAA